CUCUCCCGAACCCCCUUCGCGAGCCGACUCGUCCUGAGCGUUCACCGGCUCGAUUUCCGCCACGCGUGGACCACCUAGUUCUAUGAGCUCAUAGAACCUCAUAAGUGGAGACGUACGGUUGCUUUAAGUAUCCCCUCAUCGCACUUCGCCACCCUUUCAAGUAUCCCGCUCCGCCGCCGCCUAUCUCCUGCACAUCCAUCUCCUAACCCACCCAUCUAUCACCUUACGAAGACCUCACGAUGUCCAUGUCCCCGCCGCCCACCAACCAGCGCCAGCGCCGUAGCCGCAGCCGCGGCGCGCGCAGCCUCUCUACCGACUACGAGUCCGACGCUGGCCCGUCGCGCCGCGGGCAGCGCCGCCGUGGUGGGCGCGGUUCGGGGCUCCCGGGCAUCUCAGAGGACCAGCAGCAGGUCGGCCAGUACUCGCCGCAGCAGAUCCAGCAACAGCAGCAGCAGCAGCAACAGCAGCAGCAGCAGGCGCAACAGCCGCCUGCUCAGGAGGAAGAGGGCGGGGGCGACGAGGCGCUGAAGCUCAAGCUGGAGCUGAACCUCGACGUCUGGGUCGAGCUGAAGGCGAAGGUGCAUGGUGAUGUUACCUUGUCGAUGCUCGGGUAAUCGGCCACCUCCCCUCGCCACUUUCCCCCCUGCUUCCUUGUACACUACUACUCCCCUGCGUUGUCGACGUUCGCAUCCCUUGGCGUGGACGCUGGAAGGACUUCACGAAAUACCUUAUGACAUCUGUCGCAACGAUGACAUCUUGAUACACACGCACCUUGGUGGACUCUUUACUACAUGUAUAUUUUACGUUGGACAGAAUCUACAUCAUGACGAAGAAGGAAGUCUUCUGUGAACUUUUGAGGCGAAUAUAUCAU